AUGCGACUCAAGUGGAGUAAUGCCGGGGAUAAAUUGGUUCAGCUUGUACAAUCAGAAGUUCUUGUUAUGACAGCAGUUACUUUCACUUCUGCAAUGAUUCAAAACACAUCUGAGAUUACAUGUGUGUUUAUCAGCCAGAAGGAUGAAGGUUCAGGAACACCAGAGACAUUGGUAUCUCCUAAGAUUUCUACCAUUUCGGAAGAUCUUGGGUGUUACUUGAAUUCUGAAGGAGCAGAGAACAUCUAUGAACCAACUAAAAAUGUGGAAGUCAAUAUGUUUGAAGAUAUUGAAUUAAGAGUGAUAAUGAACAUUUCAGAGAUCAUUUCAUGCUUUUGGUUCUUUAAAGAGAGCAAAGCUUGUAAACCUUCAUUGGACCCGGAGAAUCGAUAUGUUACGUCUUUGGCUUUUUCCCAAAUAAAAGAAGCACAAGCUGGAAAAUACACCCUCUCGGUCACAAGUAAAACCAGCAAUUACACAAUAGUCGUGCCUGUUCUCAUCCGAAAGAAACCAGGCAAACCCUAUUUCAGGAAAAGGGAAAAAUCGGAUGCUAUUGAGUGCAUAUCUGAGAGCUACCCCCAGCCCUCUGUGGAGUGGAUAUUUUGCAAAACACCUGAAAAGAGUUGCCCUGAUAAAAUGCAUGAAGAAACAGGGGAAAUAGAUGGCAUACAGAAGGUACAACAUGAAUUAUUUCAAACUUAUAUAUGGUGCUGUGCAGUUAAUGACCUGGGCAGAGAAUGCGCCAGCCUCUUUACAAUAGAUUUAAAUGAAAGACAAGCAGCACCUUUACCUGAAUUACUUCUUAAAGUCGGGGAACCACUGCUGAUCAGAUGCAGAGCUGUUCACCAUAAUUAUAAAUUUGGAAUAAAAUUAACUUUUGAAAACAAAGAAGUUGAGCAGGAUCGCCAGUUUGAAGGAUUAGAAUAUCAAACAGAUCACUCAGCAGUUCGGAUCCAGUAUGCAUUUGCUUCAGCGGCAGGAAGAAGUGAUAGUGGACAUUACACCUGUUCUUCUACCGUUCAUCUGAAUCAAACUGCUUUGGUUACAGUUUUAGAAAAAGGAUUUAUAAAUAUAACCAACUCUAAAGACGAUUUUGAAAUUGGUGAGGAAGAGUUUUGCUUUGAAGUUAACUUUACAGCAUAUCCACCAGUUAGAUGCAUGUGGCUAUCUUCCCAAAAAAUGUUUCCAUGUAAACAAAGUUACAGUGUGGAUGGACGCAGCAUUUCAUCAAAGUUCUGCAACCAUCAGCACCAGUCUGGGAUAUAUGUAUUUUAUGCUGAAAAUGAUGAUACGGUCGUGACAAAAAAAUUCACUCUGUACGUGAGAAGAAAGCCUGAAAUAACGAUGCAGUUGUUGUUCAAGCAGAUCUCCUGCUUCGCUGACAGUUACCCUGCCUCAUCCUGGGUUUGGAGGAACUGUCCCAAACUGAACUCAUCUACCUGUACAGAAGAAAUCACUGAGGGGAUUCACAACUUCUUGCCAGAGAGGAGAUCCCUGGGGUUGUGGAUUUCAAGCAGUACUUUACAUGUAAAGGAGACAGCAACAAACUUCUCCGUGGAGUGCUGUGCAAACAAUUCUGCCGGUUCAGCCUGUGAAAGGAGUUUCAUUAACCUGUCAGUUGCAGGAGCUGUUUCUUCCCCCCCGGACAAUGCUGCAUUCUAUGUCUCUGUUGGAUUUUUCCUCCUAUUGAUCGCUUUUUUGUUUGUAUUCAUUUUUCAUAAAUACAAAAAGCAAUUCAGAUACGAAAGCCAGUUGCAAAUGAUACAGAUGAUAGGCCCAUCGGAUAACGAGUACAUCUACAUCGACUUCAGAGAAUUCGAAUAUGACCUCAAAUGGGAAUUUCCCAGGGAAAAUCUGGAAUUUGGACAGGUCCUCGGUUCUGGGGCUUUUGGGAGAGUGGUGAAUGCAACAGCUUAUGGAAUUAACAAUGCAGGAGAUUCAGUCCAGGUCGCAGUCAAAAUGCUAAAAGAAAAACCUGAAGCUUCCGAAGAAGAUGCUCUAAUGUCUGAGCUGAAAAUGAUGACUCACAUUGGAAGCCAUGAAAAUAUUGUGAACCUCCUAGGAGCUUGUACUGUGUCAGGACCAAUCUACUUGAUAUUUGAAUACUGUUGCUAUGGUGACCUUCUAAACUACUUAAGGAGCAAGAGAGAAAAGUUUCACUGGACACUGACAGAUAUUUUUAAACAGCACAACUUCAGCUUUUACCACAAUAUCCAUUUGGAGCAAAAUUCCAGGAGGGGAACCCACCUGAAGUACAGUCUGAAUACGACUCUAUACAGAGAGGAUGAAUUUGAAAUCACACAAAGAAGUCAAAACAUGAAUGUGACACCUGGAUCAAAUAGGAUUGCGCUGUAUUCUGAGGAAGAUAAAAUUAAGCAUGCAAGCAGACAGAUGGAUGAAGAAGAGGAUUUUAAUGUGCUCACUUUUGAAGACCUUCUUUGCUUCUCUUACCAAGUCGCCAAAGGAAUGGAGUUUCUUGGGUCCAAAUCGUGCAUUCACAGAGACCUCGCUGCCCGGAAUAUACUAGUGACCCAUGGAAAAGUGGUGAAAAUAUGUGACUUCGGCCUUGCCAGAGAUGUAGUGAACAACUCCGACUACAUUGUCAGGGGCAAUGCUCGUUUACCAGUUAAGUGGAUGGCUCCUGAAAGCUUAUUUGAGAGGACGUACACAAUGAAGAGUGAUGUCUGGUCUUAUGGAAUAUUACUGUGGGAAAUAUUCUCUUUGGGUGUAAAUCCCUACCCUGGUAUUCAAGUUGAUACAAAAUUCUACAAAUUAAUACAAAGUGGAUUUAAAAUGGACCCACCGUAUUAUGCUACAAAAGAUGUCUAUCGUGUGAUGCAGUCUUGUUGGGCCCUUGACUCCAGAAAAAGACCAUCUUUUUCGUGGCUGGUUUCCUCUCUUGCCUGUCAGCUGUCUGAGGCAGAAGGAGCAGUUUACCAGAAUACGAAGAAUGUUUCUACACACAAGUUCAGCAUCAAAACUAAACCACGUGUAAGCAGGGACGAGGAAUCUCUGCUAUCCCCAACCGUGCUCCAGCAUGAAGACUCUGAGGUUGAAAAAUAA